UUGGGAGGCUGUGGAAUCCUUGGAGUAGGCAUCUGGCUGGCUGUUACCCAAGGGAACUUUGCCACCCUCUCAUCUUCUUUCCCAUCCCUGUCAGCUGCCAACCUACUGAUCAUCACAGGGACAUUUGUCAUGAUCAUUGGCUUUGUGGGCUGCAUAGGCGCCAUCAAAGAAAACAAGUGCCUCCUGCUGAGUUUUUUCAUCAUGCUGUUAAUUAUAUUUCUGUUGGAGCUCACUGUCGUGAUUCUGUUCUUCAUCUACACUGACAAG